AUGUCCAUACACGUCAGCACCUCUCCAGACAACGACAGCAUUCAUACAGCAACAACCCUCCACUGGUUUAAAUUCUUAAAACAGCCAUGCAUCUGAAAUCAAGGAGACAAUGGACCACCGUCUUAUUUGGGGUCAUUCUCGGAUUCACUGCGUGCUCUUGGUUGAUUGUACCCCAAGUUCUCGAAAGUAAACGCAAUGAAUCCCCUUUGUGUUCCUUCAAAAGUGAGUCCGCAGUCGGGAAAAAAUCGGGAAACCUCGCAGACCCCGUCGACAGUCACGUUUUCAAAAAGGAGGAGAGUCGAGGGAACAACAGUGGAGACGACCAAAGUGCCGUGAGUCGACCCAAGCAGUUUCUCUACGUGGGCGUGAUGACGGCGAAAAAGUAUUUGGCUUCCCGAGCUGUGGCCGCGUUCAAUACCUGGGCGCGUUCAAUUCCCGGGAAGGUGGAGUUCUUCUCCAGUGCUGGCUCCGAAGACGUGCACGUUCCUGGAUCGAUACCGGUGAUCUCCCUUCCUGGCGUGGACGAUUCUUAUCCCCCGCAGAAGAAGUCAUUCAUGAUGCUGAAAUACAUCCAUGAUCACUACCUGGAUAAGUACCAGUGGUUCAUGCGAGCAGAUGAUGAUGUGUAUAUAAGGGGUGAGAAACUGGAGAUGUUUCUGCGCUCUCUGAAUAGCAGCAAGCCUCUUUACCUUGGCCAGACUGGUCUGGGCAUGGCAGAGGAAUUGGGCAGACUAGCACUUGAGCCUGGGGAGAACUUCUGCAUGGGCGGACCUGGGAUGAUCUUCAGCAGGGAGGUGCUACGCCGGAUGAUUCCACACAUUGGUACUUGUCUCAGGGAGCUGUACACAACCCACGAGGAUGUGGAAGUGGGCCGGUGUGUGCGACGCUUUGGAGGGACGCAGUGUGUCUGGUCCUAUGAGAUGCAACAGUUAUUCUACGAGAAUUACGAGCACAAGCAAGGUUUCAUCGACGAGCUCCACAAUAGCAAGAUCCACAACGCCAUCACACUCCAUCCCAACAAAUGGCCCGCUUACCAGUACCGACUCCAUAACUACAUGUUGACUCGCGAGAUCUCAAGACUUCGCCAUCAAACCAUUCUGCUCCAUCGGGAAGGCCUCAUUAUGACUCACCUCAGUGACACAGAAAUGUCGUGGGAGGACCAACAGCUGGGAGGACCACCGUCCUAUAUGCGGUAUCAGCCCAGUGACCGAAAUGAUGUAAUUGAAUGGGAUUUCCUAACAGACCGGCAUAUUUAUUCUGCCGUGGAAAACAAGAUGGCCCGACAAAGUCUCGGAAGCUCUCUUCGGACCGCGUUAGAAGACAUUAUCCUCCAGGUCAUGGAGAUGAUUAAUGAGAAUUCAAAAACUCGUGGACGUGUUAUAGAGUUCAAAAAGAUUCAGUACGGCUACUACCGAGUGGAUCCGAUGCACGGGGCUGAAUACAUCUUAGACUUAUUACUACUUUACAAAAAACACAAGGGACGUAAAAUAACGGUCCCUGUGAGACGUCACGCAUACCUUCAGCAGUCUUUCAGUCGACCUUUCUUCCAUGAAACUGAAGAGUUAAAUGUAGCUGAACUGGUGACGGCUAUCAACGCACAAUCCCAGUCACUGUCUUUUCUACCCAACUCUCUCAAGUUUUUGUCUCCUUUUCAGUUCUACGAGUCUAACAGAGAAAUAGGGGAACAAAGCCAAAGGAAAAUUAACAUCCUCGUCCCCCUUUCUGGUCGCUAUGACACUUUUGUCCGUUUUAUGGAGAACUUUGAAAAAGUUUGUUUGAUCCCCAAACAAAACGUUAAACUCUCUGUGAUUCUGGUGGACAACGAGAGCGCCGAGAACAAAGGAAAACAUGUCCAAUUGAUCAAAGAUUACCACAGGAAGUAUCCCAAAGCUGACCUGGCAGUGAUUCCGAUGACUGGAAACUUUUCCCGGGGUUUCGCUUUGGAGCUCGGCUCCUCACUGUCUGAUAAUGACACACUACUCUUCUUUUGUGACGUCGAUCUUAUCUUUAAUGCCGAUUCCCUGCAAAGAUGUAGAGAUAACACUAUUCAAGGGAGCCAGAUCUAUUUUCCUGUCAUAUUUAGUCAGUACAACCCGAAGAUAGUCUACGCGGAAAAGGCCCCGAGAGAAAAUAAUUUCGUUCUUACUAAGAAAAGUGGUUUUUGGCGCGCUUACGGCUUUGGAAUAGCCUGCAUCGUCAAGAGCGAUCUGCUAAAAGCCGGCGGGUUUGACACUUCAAUUUUUGGCUGGGGUUUGGAAGAUGUAGAUCUUUUCACAAAAGUUAUUAAUUCGGGUUUAAAAGUUCUGCGGAGUCAAGAGCCAGGGAUCAUCCAUAUUUAUCAUCCUGUCCAUUGCAACUCGAGUCUUGAGCAGAAGCAGCUCAAAAUGUGCCUUGGGUCAAAAGCUAGCACUUAUGCUUCGACAAUGCAGUUAGCGGAGCUGUGGAUGGACAAACACAUUGGAGGGUACAAUAAAACGUCAUCAUGA